UUCUUCACUCACGUAAAUGAUAAAUCAUUCAUUCCAAUUUCCUCAAAAAAGAUCUAUAAAUCUUCAAUGCUGGCAACAUCAGUUUUUCCUUGUAAAUCCUUAGUAGGCUUACAAUCACACCACCGCCACAUGUCUAUACGCUCUGGUUUGGCACGGAACGCGCCGCUAUCCGUGGCGGCAGUGGACAGACGAAGCCUCUACGAGGUUCUGCGGGUUAAGCACAACGCAUCCCAAACAGAAAUCAAGACGGCGUACAGAACGCUUGCUAAGAUAUACCACCCCGAUGCCAGAUCGCGUUUCAUGAAUUCCUCUAUUUCUUCUUCUUCAUCAUCAUCGGACGGUCGAAGUUUCAUCGAGAUCCACGACGCUUACAAUACGUUGUCGGAUCCCGAGGCCCGGGCGGUGUAUGACUUGAAAUUGAGCAUCGGAUCGCAACGGCGGAGACCGCCACCUUCGAGUGUUUAUGGAUACCGGAGAUUUAACCCGACUCGAAGGUGGGAAACGGAUCAGUGUUGGUGAUUCUGCCAUAUGUAUGCUUGUUAUUAAUUAUGCAUUAUGUGGUAAAUUAGUAGACGAAAAAUCUUAUGUAAAUUCUUCUUCUUCCUUUCUGUUUUUCUUUCAUUUUUCCACUUAAGGAAACGAAUACAGAUUAGCCCCUUUUUUAUUUCUUUCUUCUUUUUUGGGGUUUUAAUAAAUAAAAUUAUCAUGUGUAAUUUUAGCUUAGGGAAAGAUUUGUUGGUUUUGAUUUCUGCUUAUCUACGCAAUUGACUACUUGUUCUUUAA